GGGGAUGCGCUGCGGCGCGGAUUGUUGCCGGGAAAAUGAACCCUCGAAACGCAUUAAACCUUCAAGAAAAAGGUCACGGGAGGGGAGAGGAAGCCUUGUUUUUGUGAUCGAGACAGGAAAACAGCGCAGCUCUGCGCUGCUUUGGCACCCUGGAGCAUCCCGUGAUGCACGGCCCAGCCCGGGUUUGGACCGGGAGCACUGGGAAUGGCGCUGGAGAAGCUGCCCUGGGUCCCUCUGGCCUGGGCUGGAUCUCCCAUCCCCGUAUCCCACUCUCAGGGAUGCUCUGCGGGCGUGAUGUAGCAAAGAUCGCUUCCUCCUGGCAUUUCCCUCGAAGGAAGGGAUUUCCGUAGCACGGGGUGUGUGUGUGGGGGUUUGUGCAAGACUCUGGUUUAUGGAUUGGUCUGUAAGAAGAAGAGGAAAAAAAAAAUAAAAAUCAGUGCAGCUUCAUUUGGGAGGAACCUUGUGCUUUCUGUGCAUGGAAGCUGCGGAGGUGGAGUGUCCCGUUCAGCAGCCAAGAUGUGGCCACACGUGUCCCUCCUGUGUGUCCUGGUGGCCUUGGCCAACGCUCGCAGCAUUCCUUACUUCCCUCCUCUCUCUGAUGACCUGGUCAACCACAUAAACAAGCUCAACACCACCUGGAAGGCAGGACACAACUUCCACAAUGCUGACAUGAGCUACGUGAAGAAGCUCUGUGGCACCUUCCUGGGUGGGCCCAAGCUCCCUGAGAGGGUGGAUUUUGCUGCAGACGUGGAGCUGCCCGAUAACUUCGACUCGCGGACGCAGUGGCCCAACUGUCCCACUAUCAGCGAGAUCAGGGACCAGGGCUCCUGUGGCUCCUGCUGGGCUUUUGGCGCCGUGGAAGCGAUUUCGGACCGGAUCUGUGUCCACACCAACGCCAAGGUCAGCGUGGAGGUCUCAGCUGAGGACCUGCUGUCGUGCUGUGGCUUUGAGUGUGGCAUGGGGUGCAAUGGUGGUUACCCCUCUGGUGCAUGGAGGUACUGGACAGAGAGGGGCCUCGUGUCCGGGGGUCUCUACGAUUCCCACGUGGGCUGCCGGCCCUACUCCAUCCCUCCCUGCGAGCACCACGUGAACGGCACCCGGCCCCCCUGCACCGGGGAGGGAGGGAGCACCCCGAGGUGCAGCCGGCACUGUGAGCCCGGCUACUCACCCUCAUACAAGGAGGACAAGCACUAUGGCAUCACAUCCUACGGAGUCCCUCGCAGUGAGAAGGAAAUCAUGGCUGAGAUCUACAAGAACGGCCCAGUGGAAGGAGCUUUCAUUGUCUACGAGGAUUUCCUGAUGUACAAAUCUGGGGUCUACCAGCACGUGUCUGGGGAGCAGGUGGGAGGCCACGCCAUCCGCAUCCUGGGCUGGGGCGUGGAGAACGGCACUCCCUACUGGCUGGUGGCCAACUCCUGGAACACCGACUGGGGGGAGAACGGUUUCUUCAAAAUCCUGCGAGGAGAGGACCACUGUGGCAUCGAGUCCGAGGUUGUGGCCGGCAUCCCCAGGACGGAGCAGUACUGGAAGAGGAUGUAACUCUGAUCAAACCACAAAUAAUCCUGAAUCCCUGAUGCUUUUAACUGAUAGUGGGUUGGGUGCAGAGACCCUCCCUUCUAAAAGAGACUCUAGUUCAGGUUACUUUAUUAAAGCUUUUUAUCUUUUCUUUUUUUUUUUUUUUUUUUCAAUUUUUUGUUUGUGGUUUUUUUCUCUUUUAAAAAUUUUUGGGUUUGUUUUUGUUUUUUUAAUUGUACGGUGGAGCUGGAGGCAGAACUGCUUUCUACCAACCUCCUGCUUCUGGUGGGUCACAGCAGGACAUUGGGGCAUUCCCUGCUCAGAGGACUGCUGGAGAGCUCGCUGGCCUCUUGGAAUCUGGUUAGCCUGGACCCCUGCCAGCCCAGUUUGCUACUGGGAGGGCAGGAAACAGUAGCUUUGUGCUGGGAUUAGGGACUUGGUGGGGCAGCAGAAGUGGAUGCUGCUGGAAAGCCAUGGCCAGGGGGGAUUUGUGCACCCCCAGAUGGGUUGAUCUGACUGUUAGCACCUGAAACAAGCAGGGAAGAAUUUCCUGUGUGUGUGUGCCUUGAAUUGGCUAAAUUUAGACCUAUUAAUGAACAAAAUACUGAUGAACUUGAUGUGAGGAUGGCUCUGGCCAGAGCUGCCUGCACCAAGUCCCUCGUGCAUCGCCUGCUCUGCUGCAUCCUUCUGCAUUUUCAAACCACUUUUUCCUCAGCUGUUCACUGACUUUUUUAUCUGCUGUAGUCUGGGGUUAUUGAUGCUGGGGAAGGGCCUGGCUGGAGCUGCAAGAGCCUUUGAUCAAAUAGCCUGCAAGCCUCUGGGAGGGAGCUGGAAAGAGAAAAGCCCUUCUCCUCCACGGCUGAGCAGCUUGAUGUGUGCAGGUCACGCCUGGGCAAGGGUGCAGCACCCAAAUUUGGGGUGCUUUGGGGCUGCAGGUGCUGGAUGCUAAGCUGAGGGACGGUUCCCAAGUCUGCUGCAGGGAGCUCAAGCAGAUGCUUGGAGGUGUCUCACUAACUUGCGACACGAUUAAAGCUUUUUAUUUCUUGAGCCACAGUCAUUGAGGAAAGUAAAACCCCUUAUUUUUGUUACUGGGGGGAGGUAAUAGCUUAAGUAUAGGAGGAAUCAUGUGAUUUGCCAACACUAAUAUAGCAAAGAGCAUUUUUUUUAAAUUUUAAAGCACAAAAUAUAUUAGUGACCUGAGGCUAUGGGUCUGAAAUGUGUGAAGCAGGCUCUCCAUGCACUGUAAAAUAGACCCUUCCUCUGCUUGCGCAGGCACCAGUGAGGCAGAGCUGUGCUGUACUUGGCUGGAACACCUGUGCCAAUAAAUGAUUUCUCCAGUG